UUCUACUACCAUUUCACAACCCACAGUCAGCAAAAAAAAAAACAAAAACUCGCCAUAGAAGAAGAACAGUCAACAGAGACAGCGAACUACUUCCAUGGAGAACUCUAGCAAAGCCAUAGUCGACGAGAGAAGCGGCUACUGUAAAUCAAACUCCAUCUUCUACAGCAAACGCAAGCCCGUACAGCUCCCGCAGAACCAUUCCGUCGACGUCACCACCUUCAUCUCGUCUCGCGCUCACCAUGGCAAGAUCGCCUUCAUCGAUGCCGCCACCGGUCGCCACCUCACUUUUCCUCAGCUAUGGCGAGCCGUUGAUUCCGUCGCCACUUGUCUCUCCGCCAUGGGCAUUCGGAAAGGUGACGUCAUCCUCCUCCUUUCCCCGAACUCCAUUUACUUCCCGGUGGUCUGUCUCGCCGUGAUGUCACUCGGCGCCAUCAUCACCACCACCAAUCCCCUCAACACUCCCAGAGAAAUCGCUAAACAAAUCGCCGAUUCCAAACCGGUCCUCGCCUUCACGAUUCCUCAGCUCGUCUCCAAAAUCGCCGGUUCUAAUCUCCCAACCGUUAUCAUCGACGACGAGGUAAAAAAUUCGCUUGAUAAAACCCUGAAUAUUGUGUCGUCGUUGGGGCAGAUGAUGAGAAAGGAACCGAGCCCUAAUCGGAUCGGGUACCGGGUCAACCAGGAGGACACGGCUACUCUACUCUACUCCUCCGGUACAACCGGUGCGAGUAAAGGAGUGGUUUCAUCUCACAAGAAUCUAAUCGCAAUGGUUCAAACCAUUCUCAGCCGUUUCGGCACCGAAGAUGGGGAGCACACCUUCAUCUGCACCGUUCCCAUGUUCCACAUCUACGGCUUAGCUGCCUUCGCGAUGGGCCUUCUUUCGUCUGGAUCAACAAUCGUGAUUCUCUCCAAGUUCGAGAUCCACGAAAUGCUGUCCGCGAUCGAGAGGUACAGAGCCACCUACCUUCCUCUCGUGCCGCCGAUUCUGAUGGCGCUGUUGAAAAACGCGAAUCACAUAAGGGCGAAGUACGAUCUGAGCUCAUUACAAUCAGUUCUUUCGGGCGGAGCUCCGCUGAGCAAGGAGGUAAUCGAAGGGUUCGUGGAGAACUAUCCAACGGUGAGUAUACUUCAGGGGUACGGGUUGACCGAAUCAACUGGAAUCGGAGCUUCGACGGACUGUCUACAAGAGAGCCGGCGGUACGGAACUGCCGGAAUGUUGUCUCCGAGCAUGGAGGCCAAGAUUGUGAACCCUGAAACUGGUGAAGCUUUAUCGGUUAACCGGACCGGCGAGCUUUGGCUGAGGGGUCCAACAAUUAUGAAAGGUUAUUUCAGCAAUGAAGAAGCAACUUCAUCUACUAUUGACUCAGAAGGAUGGUUAAGAACUGGUGAUCUCUGCUACAUUGAUGAAGAUGGAUUCAUUUUCGUGGUUGAUAGGUUGAAAGAGCUUAUUAAAUACAAGGGUUAUCAGGUGGCCCCAGCAGAACUAGAGGCCUUGUUACUUUCUCAUCCUGAAAUUUCUGACGCUGCUGUUAUACCAUAUCCUGACAAGGAAGCUGGGCAAUUUCCUAUGGCAUACGUGGUUAGAAAAGGUGGAAGUAAUAUAUCUGAAUCUACAGUCAUGGAUUUCAUAGCCAAACUGGUGGCGCCAUACAAGAGAAUUCGAAAAGUGGCAUUUGUAGCAUCCAUACCCAAGAAUCCUUCUGGCAAGAUUUUAAGGAAGGAUCUCAUUAAACUCGCUACCUCCAAACUCUAAGACCUGUCACAAGUAUAUUGUAUCUGUCAAUAUAUAUAUAUAUAUAUUUAUAUGUAUAUUUAUAUGCUUUGAUCGAGAAUAGUUUUUCCUAUCCAGUUCCUUUAUUAAAAUUAAAAAAAAAUUAAAAAAAUCCUAUGGAUAUUUUUAGUAUGUGAUGAUGCUCUUUCUCCUAAUUUAAUAAAUGUGCAUUUUUUGGCGAUUUAA